GCGCGCGGAUGGAUCCGAGGGGGGCGGGUUUGUUGUUGUUGUUCCUUGCUGGAGCUGCUGUGAGCUUUGAUGUCUCCCCAUCAAAACACAACGACUUUAAAACUACACACAACAGCGGAUGAUCGGUUUUACUACACUUAACCGUGUCGUGUGUCGAAGCUCGUCGCAGGGGAACGAAGCUAGAGGGGGGGAAACCGGACGUUGACGUCAAGCUAACAGCUAGCUGGGUAACUAGCUAGCAUGUUGUUUAUGCUAUGUGUUUCUCACUGUUGUGUUUCCCUCCUCGCAGGUGAAAGAGUCCUGUGCUUUCAUGGGCCAUUGCUCUACGAGGCAAAGUGUGUAAAGAUCAGCAUAAAGGAAAAGCACAUUAAAUACUUCAUUCAUUACAGCGGAUGGAACAAAAACUGGGAUGAAUGGGUUCCUGAAAGCAGAGUUCUCAAAUAUGUGGACAGCAACCUUGCGAAACAAAAAGAGCUUCAAAAGGCUAAUAAGGACCACUAUGUUGAGGGAAAGAUGAGGGGUUUAGCACCAAGUAAGAAGAUUGCUGCUGUGCAGCAGAAAAAUGUUGAUCUGAAAGUGAAAAAGGCAAAACAGAAGACCCCAGGGCCGGGUGAAGGUACCAGCAGCGGAGAAACGCUGCAGGGACCACGGAAGAAGAGGGCUCGGGUCGAUCCCACUGUGGAGAGUGAGGAGAUGUUCACCAACCGUGUGGAGGUCAAAGUAAAGAUCCCUGAGGAGCUGAAGCCCUGGUUGGUGGACGACUGGGACCUCAUCACUCGGCAGAAACAGUUAUUUCAUUUGCCUGCUAAGAAGAAUAUAGAGACUGUCCUGGAGGACUAUGCAAACUAUAAGAAAUCAAAAGGAAACUCCGACAACAAGGAGUAUGCAGUAAACGAAGUGGUGGCAGGAAUUCGUGAGUACUUCAACGUGAUGCUGGGCACGCAGCUGCUUUACAAGUUCGAGAGGCCGCAGUAUGCUGAGAUCCUGGCAGAACACCAAGACAUGCCAAUGUCGCAGGUUUACGGAGCUCCACACUUGCUACGGCUAUUUGUUCGUAUCGGAGCCAUGCUGGCCUACACUCCACUGGACGAGAAGAGCCUGGCUUUGCUGCUCAGUUACCUCCAAGAUUUCCUCAAACUCAAGAAACAAUGUUCUCACUGUUGUGAAGUCACUGUUCCACAAGCAGCUCUUUGGUGUAAUUGGUGCAUUCCAUCAGAUAUUUGUUAUUGUUGCAUGCAUGUAUUUAUUAGUGUUUCUUCUGCCACACCGGUGCAAUCAAAUGCUGGAUCACAAGGUCAACAUUCAACAGUUUCUGUUUUUGUAUCUCUAUCUUGUGUAUUUGUAUCGAUUUGUAAAAAAAAAAAAAGGUUUCUACACAAUCUCUGCCUUGUUUUACUUUGUCCUCUUGUUCCUGUCCUGUCGAUUAUUUUGUGUCAUCGCUGUUCUCUCUGGAUUCAUUCCAUGUGUUUUUGCCGAUAAAAUGAGCUGAAAAACCUGGAGGAACAGCUAACAGUGGCAUCAACACACAGCUCACCACUGCAGCACAGCACAUCAAAGACUUCAAAGACCCUGUGGAACAUGGUUUAAUAUUCAUCUGUCAAGACAGGAGCAGAAACAUCAAUCUUUCAUGCACAUGUGUUCAGCUCAGGAAAUGUAUAGGUUGUGCCACGUGAAGGAGUCAUAAUCCUCAAGAUGUGCAAAUGUGAAAAUAUCCAAUAUACCCAUAGCAAUACUUUAACCCUUUGUUAAACCAGCGUGGGGGGAGCAUCUCUUGGAUUACUUUGAAGGAAUUCAUCCCCAUGACAUUAUCAAUGUUUACUAAUUUACUUAAAACUUUGGGAAAAUGAUACCCUCAACAUUUGAGUAAAUAUAUUUAGUUACAUGUGGAGUAAGAUCUUAUUUUUCAGUUCUGUUUGUAUCCUAAAUAAAUAAGUUUAAAUAAGGCAAA